UGGAGAAAGUUUUUUUGUUAAGUUUUUUGUUUUUAUUUUUUUAGUUUAAAGUUAAAUUUAAAAAGCGUUUUUAUUUAUUUUAUAAUAAUUAUUAAAUGGAUGCCGAAAAUAAUCAAGAAAAUGCAAAUACAAAAUUGAAAACAAAAAACAUUAGAGAUGCUAAUCACGCAAUACCUGUACGUUCGGUGUUAGUCUUUCUGUUGGCCACAUUAGCAACCGCCAUUUUAGUGGAUUUGUUACCCACCAAAUGUAGUUAUUGGAAUUGGCAGAGACAACAGCAGGAUGUGAACAAGGAUGUAGCUGCAACAAAACCCACUUAUGCUAUUUAUGGUAGAAGCAAAACAGAGGAGCACUUAAUACAUGUCAUAAAUGUAUUGGACAGAUUGGGCUACAAACGUGUCAAUAUGGAGGAUAAUUGGGACUUGUUGUGGGCUCAUGAUUAUCCCUUCAUAAAAAUGCCUCAACGUAUGAAAUCUUUAGACAAGUAUCAAAUGGUCAAUCACUUUCCAGGUUGUGGUUUUAUUACCAACAAAGUUGACCUAUCCACAACUCCUCUGCCCUUUCUACCGCGAGCCUUUCGUUUGCCUUCCCAACGUGAAGAGUUUCUGGAAUAUGUUGAGCAUAAUCCAACUGCUUUGUUUGUAGAGAAACACAAUGAACAUCGUCAUAUAGCUAUACGAGCACCCGAAGAGAUAAAUUUAAACUCAAAUGAUUCUUUUGUGCAGGAGUUUUUGCAAAAUCCUUUCCUGGUAGAUGGCUAUAAGUUUGAUAUUGGUGUAUAUGUAGUGAUAACAUCAAUUGAUCCAUUACGUCUUUAUAUCUACACGGGCGAUGUGUUGUUCCGUUAUUGUCCAGUCAAAUAUCAUCCAUUUAAUGCCUCUAAUGUUGAUAAGUAUGUGGUGGGUGAUGAUUAUCUGCCCACUUGGCAAGUACCUUCCUUGGUUAAAUACUAUAAAAGAUUGGGAGGCAGUAUGCGUGGCGCCUUCGAUGCUUAUGUCAGAGAUCAGAAACAAAAUCCUUUGGGAAUUUGGCUACAAGUAGAGGAUAUAAUACGUCGCACUGUUUUGGCCAAAGAACAGGAUAUUAAAGGAAUCCUAAGAGCAUAUAAAACGAAAAAUUUCUUUGAUUUAAUGCGUUUUGAUUUAAUCAUUGAUGAAAAUCUAAAAGUUCAUUUAAUGGAGGCCAAUAUGUCACCAAAUCUUUCUUCGGCUCAUUUUAAACCCAACUCAUUGUUGUAUGAACAGAUUUUAUACAGUGUAAUGAAUUUAAUGGGCAUCGGUUCACCAUUGCACAACAAAACUCAACAUGACAGAACCGAAGAGGUAAAAGAAAUGCUAACAUCCGAAAGAAAUUUAGCAACAAAUAUAAACGAUUGCGCUGAACAUGGCUGUGAUAAAUCCUGCAAUCGUCAGGAAUGUGAUUUGUGUUUACCUUGUCUCAGUGGUAGUGAAUAUGAUAUAUUGGAAAAGGCCCAUCACGAACAUUUGCAUAGAAUCAGCAUGAAACGUAUAUUUCCCAAACCAAUUUUACAACCAGAGAACUUUGAUAUUGCAACAGAAGUACAAAAUAUGACAAAACGUAAUGCUUGGAUGACUCGCUGGUUUUAUUAUAAAUGUCUAUAUGACUCUAGCUGGUGUAUUUAGUUAAGUAAAAGAUUUAAAACACCAAUUUUUAACAACAAAAAUCUCAAGAGCAGAUAAUAUAAUUGUAUAUUUAAUAAUAUAGUGAACAAAUAAUAAAUCUAUUUAGUUGUAAAAAAAAUCAAA